AGGGAACUUCGAGCUGUUUUUUCUGCCCGGCAAUAUCCAUGCACGUGCAACAUGUGGGAUUUCGUAAAAUAAUAAAAGUGACGUUUUGGUUCAUAGUAAAAAUCGUUCGUCCUUGAGAAGACUAAAUUCAAAAUUCAAAUAAAGCAAGUGUCCAACCCAAGCGAUUGUUAUACUAAACUGUUUCUCAUGGUUCAGUCAUUAAUAAUACUCCAGCAUUAAUUAUUACAAAUUUUAUAAACAAUCAAUUCAGUUUUCAUUAGCGGAUCGUUAAAAUAAAUAAUAAUAAUGUCAUCCAGCCAUGCGAGCAAGCUACAAGUGAUUGAAAUUUCAGACGAGGAGGUGGAAACGAUAGUUAUUGGCAAGAAGAGCAAGAAACCCAAAAGGCGUCGAGACCAGGGGGAGAACUCUGUUGAAGAAACGGUAUCCACGCCACCACUCCCACUGCGGCGAAAGAAGAGGCGACGCAAUAAAAGUAACAAUCUCCUCGCUGCUACUUCCAUGUCAUUUUCUCAAUCAACUCAGGAGGAUGAGACUGAAGAGUCUGUGAUGCUGGAUGGUAUUGAAUGUGCUGAGACUGGAGGAGGAGAGGCUGAAAAUGUUGAUGAAGGUGGAAUUUUGGACUACGUUCCUUUUGUGGACGGAAUUUGGUACCGUCGUCAUGAUGAGGGCUCUGUUCUACUCUUGUUGGAAGUGGGAAAGAGAGUAUAUUUCUCUGGAAGAUUAAAACUACAUGUCGUUAAAGGCAAGGUUGAAGUAAUGGGAUACACUUUGGAGUCAACCGCAAAUAAUUCUUUGAUUGGAUCAAUGAACGAUGAUAACGACAAGUCUAGAACGGUGAGAAAAGCAUAUAGCCCUAAGGGUCAUUCCAGUCUGUUGUACAUUGAAGGAAAAUGCUGUGGACAAGACGAAGAUAAUUUGGAUGACUUGGCAGAUCUUGGUUUACCUCAUGGGGUUGCUGCCGUCAUUCUGUCUGGUUUUGAAAAUGAAUGGACAUCGGGGUUUAGAAACACGGCAGAAAAUGGUGAUCAACUUAUUGGGCCUGAAAUUAACACAAAUAUCAGACGCCAUUCUCGUUUAACUGAUGUUGAACACGUUGAUACUGGAAGCACAAUGAAGUUACCAAAAAUGAAACAAUUUCUGGACAAGUUUGGAUUUCAGCUUAUCCCUGACAAAUUGCUGGAGAAAAAUCGUCUUUUUGUAACCGAUCUAGCGUGGGAAUCUUUCUUUGAGAAGAUAAUAAAUGAUAUUGAAAAUGCAGGUGACUUUAGGAUUCAUGAGAAGAUAAGUGUCUUUGGCGGAAAAGGCGUUGGAAAAUCUACAUUUUGCAGAUGGUUGAUCAAUAAAUACCUAUCUCAAAAGAGUGGAGGACAAAUUUUGUACAUUGAUCUGGAUCCAGGACAAACAGAGUUUACGCCGCCUGGAGUUAUUUCUGUACAUUUGGUGUCGACACCAUUGCUGGGGCCAAAUUUUUCCCACUUGAGACAACCCGAAAAGGCAGUAUUUCUCGGUGGAGUGAAUGUGGCUGAUUAUCCUGCUUUGUAUAUUCAUGCUGUGAACGAGCUGGCUCGUUUCGUAGGAGAAAAUUAUUCCAACGUUCCUUGCAUUAUUAACACGAUGGGAUUUUCCUCCGGUCUAGGAGUUCCACUUGCUAUUACCAUCAUUAAAAUAUUUGGCCCUUCUACCCUUGUUCAACUUAAGAUUUCUAAUAACCCAAAAUGUUCAUUUCCGUUUGCCUUAAACCCAGACAAUGUUUCUACCUACACCAUUCCACAUUUUUUAUUGAACAACCAAUCGUUGAGUCAAUCAUUUCAUGAGAAAUUACAGUACAACUUUAUACAAUUUAAUUCUGUAAGUGGGAAUACCAGUCAACAUCAAGAUAAAGGCAAAAGUUCUCAAAAAACUCCAGGUGGAACGAGUCCAAAAUCUUUACGCGAGAAUAUGUUGAUUUCCUACUUUUCUGAACAAAUUGGAUAUAAACAAAAUGUUCUUGCUGUCAUUCCAUACCGAGUAAGACUUGAAACCAUGACAAUUGGAUGCAUGAACUCUAGCUUGGACUGGAACGGUAUUCUUCAUACUCUAAUUGGAAAUCUGGUUGCUUUGUGCAAGUUACCAUCGGAACUAGAAACUUCAAGUCAUUCAUUAAUUGAAGUCGAGCAGGAGCAGCCAACUACAUCAAAAUCCUUCAUCUCCAGUUGUUCAAGGAAUAAUAUUAACGAUUUCCUCGGAUACGGUCUCUGUCGCGCUGUUGAUAAGGCAGCCAAUGAACUAAUGAUUAUAACUCCAGUAUCGAAGGAGUUACUGGAUCAAGUUGGCCUUAUCAUUUGUGCCGGAGAAGUUGGACUCCCAGUAUCUCUUGUACUAGGCUCAAAGACUAACAACAAUAUUCACCAUGCCUACAUCUCCGGACAGUUUUCUCGGUUAAGCGUCUGUGGCAAGAAGUCGUAUGUACCAGGGAAAAAGUCUAUCCACACAGUCUACGCAGACUAAAAAAUAGUUUUCGUCACUUAUUCAGUUAUUCAUGAGUUGAUGGGACUUGGAAGUAAGGGUCAAUAGCUAUUUUGUUUAGAAAUAGAGUACAUUUGUUUAAAAAAAAAACAGUUAAAUUGCACCUUACAUUUCACUAACUGACUUUAACCCUAAUUAAUGCAGUUGUAAAAUCUUUGUAAAUGUACAAUAAAAACAUAAUUAAAUAGAACUUAUGCAAAAA